AUGGCUGACGCCGAGCAGCCCACAGCGGCCGAUCAUAUUGCAGUCCCCACCGACAAGCGCGCGCAGCUGAACGAUUUGAUCACACGAGCUGCCGCCAAAGAUGCGAGCAAGGACCACAAUGCUGCCUCAGAGCUCUACUCACAGGCCACUGAACUUCAGGCCGAACUGAACGGCGAGCUCUCACCCGAGAACGCGGAUCUCCUCUAUGCGUACGGAAAAUCCCUCUACAAUGUUGCUGUGAGCAAGAGCGAUGUGCUGGGGUCCAAGGUGGCUGGAGAGCCCAGCAACGCCCCUGCGCCAAAGGCUACAUCUGCUAGGUCCGCUUCUACUGACGGAAGCUUGGUCAAGGACGCCAUCUCGAGCUCCAUGAACCAGAAUGCUGCCACACCCUCGAAAGAUGUCAACGCGCAAUUGGACGCCGCGCCUUCGAAGCCCUUCUUCCAAUUUACCGGUGACGAGAACUUUGUCGACUCCGACGAUGAGGACGAAGAGGAGAAUGGGGGAGAUGAAGACGAGAAUGAUGAUGACUUUGAGGUUGCAUUUGAAGUCCUCGAUCUGGCGCGCAUCCUCUAUCUCAGGAAGCUGGAGAUUGCGGAGGAAAGCAGCACGGACAAAGGCAAGGGCAAGUCGGUUGAUCUGCCCGCGGACGUGAAGCACAUCAAGGAGCGACUAGCCGACACCUACGACCUUCAGGCUGAAAUCUCUCUGGAAGGCGAGAGGUUCUCCGAUGCCGUGAAUGAUCUGCGCACUGCUCUCGACCUUCGCAACUCACUCUUCCCAUUCGAGGAUCCUUCCGUUGCAGAGUGCCACUACAAGCUUUCACUGGCUCUAGAGUUUGCGUCCGUCCAGCAACAGGGAGAAGAGGAUGACAGCCAAGAGAAGACCGUGGACGAGGAAAUGCGCAAGGAGGCUGCCACUCAAAUGGAGCGUGCGAUUGAAAGCUGCAAGGUUCGCAUGGCUUCGGAGGAGAAGAAGCUGGAGGCAGACAAGGAUAUGGAAGAGGAUAAGGUGGUGGCGGCUAAGCGCAAGAUCUCCAACGUCAAGGAGAUCAUCGCCGAUAUGGAGCAAAGACUCAUCGAUCUCCGUCGGUCACCAGUCUCCAUCGAAGAGAAGGAGAAAGAAAACGAGGCCAUGCUUAAGGGUAUCCUCGGCGAGAUUGUCGGUCAAUCGGUCACGGAUCAGAAGGCCCGCCUCGACGCCGUCAGCAAAGAAGCCACCGAUCUCUCCUCCUUGGUUCGACGCAAGCCUGCUGCUGCCCAGACCUCCUCUCAACAGACAUCAUCUAAGCGACCUGCGGAUGAUGCUUCCGCAGAUGGCGAGUCAAAGCGCGCUCGUGUUGAAGAUGCCUAA